CAAUCUUCAAAUUUCAUAAUAUUAGUGUGGCAGUGAUUUUGUAAUCGUAUUAGUGGUAUAGAUCAACACAACAGCAAUUCAAAAAAACAACAACAACAAAUAUAAUAUACAUAUACUCAUCAAACAAAUACUUCUACACAAAAGAAGACUUGUGGACUCUGUAAAAAUGAAAAACAGCAACAACAAAAAUAAAAUACAAGUAAAAUAAAAUUUAAACAAAAAAAAAAUUCAACAUGUAUCCUACAGCGGGUGCUCAUUUUUCGAUUACGAUUUCUAGUUAGUUUGGUUUUCGGUGCUGAGCAUUCCGCAGUGUUUGCUCCCGACACGAGCGAUCGCACACACGCUAUUUAAUAUUUUAUUAUUAUUUUUUUGUUUUUAUGAUUUUACAUAAAAUUUUUACCGGAUUUUGAAAAAAAAAAACUAUAGAAUAUCGAAAACGCAACGCGCAACGCCAUCGUCACUCUAAAAAGACUACGACGAUGAACGACGUGAUUUGAUUUUAACAAGGACGCGGAUUUAAAAAAAAAUUAUAACUUAAACACAAAAAUCCAAACGUGGCUUAAAAACAAAAACUAAGAUACAAAAAUAUUAAAAAACAAAUAAAAUAUAAACUUAAGAGAUUUACAUUGAAUUCAAAUUCCAAUUUAAACUUGAAAGUAACAAAAAGUCAACUUCCUUCUAAAUCAAGAAAAUAUUUCCGACAGCAAAUCGCAGUUAGUAAUGAAUGAUGCAGCAUGCGAGCUUUUUGUACCGUCAGCGCGCCACUAGAAGUAUGCGCGUCAUCAGCCGAACAACUAUCACCGGGCUCCCGUUUUUUAGCUCUAAGAUUAUUAGGAACACAACAACCAAGAACCCUAUACUUCCUAGUCGAUGCCAAAAGUCGAGUUCGAGAAGUAUACACACAAACAUGCCUACAUUUUGCAACGCAAGGAAUGCUAGACACCGAACUCUUCGGUUUAGCAGUACUUAUAGAUGGCGAAUACAUGUUUGCCGACCCAGAAAGCAAACUCUCAAAAUACGGUCCAAAAAGUUGGCGAUCAUCUCACACUCAUGGACUCGAUGCCAAUGGUCGACCUCUCUUAGAACUACACUUUCGAGUGCAAUUCUACAUCGAGAGCCCGUUCAUGUUGAAAGAUGAGACCUCACGUCACAAUUACUACUUACAAUUAAAAGAAAAUUCCCUCAAUCGAUGCGAUGUUCCUAGGGAUUAUUCGGAGCAAUCAAUGAUUCUGCUUGCUGGUCUUGCCUUACAAGCUGAUCUCGGCGAUUGCCCAGAAGAUGAAGUAACAGAUUCAGCAAUGUCAUCAGCUGGAUGUGGUGGUACUGGCAGUGGGAGUAGUGAUAGUAAUAUUAGCACAUCAGCAGGGCCAAUAACAACACCGGCAAUGCCUUCAAGCAACAAAACCCUAUCGCCAUCGGUAAUUAUUUCUGGUCACAAAAUGAAGGCAAUCGUUGAUAAACUAUCACCAGCUAUUGUUGCUGCUGUAUCGUCAUUGUCUGCUGCUUCGUCAUCGUCAUCGAUCAAUGUUCCAGAUUACUUUCGUCCAGACGAAUACCUCCCGCCAAGCUUGAGAACCCUGCGAGCAGUGAAUGCACUGCGAGCAUGUCAUCGAGAAAAUCGGGGAAUGUCCCGAGCCAAUGCCGAGCUGCAUUACAUCCAGCAAGCUUGCAUGCAUGAGGGCAUCAAUGCCCAUAUGUAUCGCAUGAAAAUGGCAAAAAGUGAGAGUGGUCCAGGUAACUCGUGGUUUGCUGUGUAUGCGAAAGGCAUUAAGAUCAGCAGUGAUAACACUCAGCCGACAACAUUCCUCUGGCCAAACAUUACGAAGUUGAGCUUUGAGCGCAAGAAGUUUGAGAUAAGAUCUGGGGACAAUAAAAUCAUUCUGUAUGCUGCAAGCGAUGAGAAAAAUAAAAUGCUGUUGACCCUCUGUAAGGAGACUCACCAAUUCAGCAUGAAGAUCGCCGCUCGCCUAAAGGAAGUUAUCAAAAGGGAAGAAGAGGAAAGUAACAGCCUGCAUGCCUGCUACAUAUAUUCCCGCAGCCUUCAUUUGCCAUAUAAGAAUAAGAAUGAUCAGCGGAUUUCGGUGAUAUCGAGCACCAGUUCUAACACCACCUCAGGAAUAGUGAGCGAUCGUGUACAUUCAGAGGAUGAGUUAGAGAUCAUGAUCAACACCCCCCCAGCACCGAUUGCGGCACCUUCAACCGAGAGUUUGGCCUUGGUCCAUCUUCUGGAUAGACCAAGUGUAAGCAGACAGACAUCAUCAGUUGGGCAGGUAUCACUUAAAGACCUGGAAGAUCAACUGGCUGCACUCUCAGUUAGGCAAAAGUCUUCGGAACGGAAUUCUCCCACGGAACAGGUAACGGAACAAAAGGCAAGUACCGACUCCCCUGGGUCUCAGCAUAACAUCGGCUCGCAGUGUUCAUCGACAUGUAGCACAGUUGUAGUCGCUACUGAAACAACUGCUCUCACAACCCUUGCUGUCCACUCCACCUCAGCAAAUCGACGUUCAUCGACGUCGAGCAGUCUUGAGCUGGGCUUUAGUCAUACUGCACAGAACUCACAGCUGAGUGAAGGGGAGAGCACUUGCAUAGAUCACGAUUUCAUAGCAUCCACCCAAGAUGAAACGGAGAGCAACUCUGGGGUGUACACAUUGGCACAUGGGGCUCCACCAACGGAAACUUCCGGCGUCUACACGAUGCACAGCAGUGAGAUGACUGGCCAAUCGUCUGAGAUCGCCGAAUCGGAAAGUGCAACAAGUUCGCACUAUGGCAUUUUUCAGCCAAAAAGCGAACUCGGGAAGUCACCGGCUAUAGACUCUGUCGAUGGUGGAUACCGCAAUAACCGUAUUAAGAACGAAGAAAUUCCAGAUUUCCGCCUGCGAUCAGAUUCGAAUGUAAGCGCCAGUGGGUCUUUCCGAGGUGACGGUAGUGAUCCGACUGAUAACAAGCAUGCCCUGCUUAGCGCGGAAGAACUCACUGAUUUAAUUGUUGGUCGCGGAACGUAUCCAUGUCGCAAAACUGUGUCCAACACUCUUGACUCGGAUUGCGAUUAUGUAACACUUCCUCUUACCAUGGAAGGGGAGAGCUACAUCCAAGGGCAUGAAGACACUGCACCAACCGAAGACCAAGAUAUCGAUCUUAUGGAUGCUAUUCUGCCCACAGAUCCUCCAGCACCACCUCAACGGAUAGACAGCAAUAACCAGCGAUCAAUGGCAAAUCUAAGUGACAUUCGAAUGCGCUCGCCCCCGCCAUAUGGUGCCAGGCACGAGACAACUGGUCUAUGUGGCCCACCUAUUCGAACUAGUGUUCCGAAGCCAGUGCUGCGUGAUCCCCCACCAUAUCAGCCCAAACCAAGACCAACAUCGCUUAUCUCGACUUCUUCAUCCUCCUCCAGCAACAUCCAUGCGGUGAAUUCAGCUCUGGGAUCAUCGGCUAGACCCGAGGAAGUAACGGCUCGAUUCAUUACAACACGACCCCAAAUUAACAUCCUCCAAGCCCACACCAGCGUGGUCAGCGAAAAUCCGAAGCCAAGUUAUGCGGCACCAACGAUCACCAGUCUACAAUCACAGCCCAGUUAUAUGGGGGCACCAACAUACAGCCACCCAACUCAACAGUCACAAAUCUCAAACGUAACCAGCACAAUUGGUAUUCCUAUAGUUCCUUAUCAACAUUUGCACGCGACACACAAAAGUAUGUCUGCCGCUAUACCGCCUCCACCGCCACCUUAUCCAGAGAUAAAGCCACCACCAACACGAACCUGCGUUCUUUUGCCAGUUAUCAAACCCAGACAAUAUCUGCCUCCACCUCCACCUAGCCUUCCACGUCAGCCUCCACCGCCACCACCUCCACAGCUCGCCACCGUCUACAAUGCUUCUCACAUAGCUCGCAAACAGCACGAGCUGUACGAACAACAGCUCUUCAGCGAUGUAAACUAUGUAAUAUAUCCCAUUCAAGAUCCUGCUAUUAGUCAACAGGAGUAUCUAGAUUCCAAGCAGAGUUCGUUCUUAGCUGCAAUGGCCCAAAGUCCACCUCCUCAUCCGUAUCUGGCUUAUGCUCACAGUACUAUGCAUAGUGCUCAUCAUAUCAGCCCUUGGGAUACUUGCAAAGGUCAUGCCAUCUACCAAAGCACACCUUAUCUUCCGAUGGCAUUGUCAACGCACUCUCGCUACGCAUCGACACAAAAUCUUUCCGACACCUACGUCCAGUUGCCUGGUGCCUAUUCGCCUCUAUACAGUCCCUCAGUAGCGAGCUUGUGCUCGUCCUACGAACCUCCGCCACCACCUCCUCUGCAUCCAGCUACUCUGGCAAACAGCUCAAGCUUAUUUGCCCGUUCUCGAUCUGAUGACAAUAUUUUGAACUCAAUUGAUGCUAUGCCCAAAAUGAAGAGAUUACCACCUCCACCUCCGCCUCCAAAUGUGGAUCGGCGGUUGAAGAAACCCCCAAUGCCAGCGCCUCACGAAAAACCUCCUCCAAUUCCUUGCAAGCCCUCUUCGAUGGGUUUAAGUUCACAAACGGCACUACAUUCAACAACUCGAAACAUAAAAACGCACAAGCAACCUACUCACUCACAUAGUGUUCAACAACAACAACAGUUGCACCAGCAACACCAACAACGCAUGCAUUUACUACGCAGUGAAGUUUCCACAUCUUCUGCACACUCAGUCACAACAAACAAUAACGGUGCUAAUUCUUUGAUAACGAAAAAUGGCAAUCCCAUUGAUAUCCAACUACUACGCGAAAAAAGUCGCCAUCUUGAUUUACCGCUUAUAUCGGCUCUAUGCAAUGAUCGUUCGCUUCUCAAGCAAACAAAGGCUUUUGGAACGCCAAAGAAUGCAAGAAGUUCGGUAGGCACACCAGCAACAGCAGCGGGUACUGGUCAACAAAUGAUGUCGCCACAAUUCCAUGCAAGCCUAAGCCAUCAAACAGCUACAAAACCAGCGCCACCACGUUAUCCUGGAACUCAACAAUCAUCUGGUGUGUCUAUGUCAGCUGUCAGCGCCAUCAAUGCAAGUCAUCAACAGCAGCAACAGCAGUUGUCAAAACCUCGAAAAGCAUCUAUCCAUCAUCGACAUCCGAAUGAUAAACUUCCGCCAUUGCCAAUGCAAAUGGCCGAAGCUAAUAAUUACGUUAUGGAUCCAACACCGGCCAUUUUGAAGCACAAGAGUUAUAACUCACAAACGUAGGGCACAAACAAACAGAUCGGCAGAUCAGGACUAGCGAAUCAGAAUCCACUUGUCAAACUGCACAGGAUGUGUAUACAAAAGAAAAACCGGAAGUGCAAUAGAAUACUGUUCUAUUUGUCAAAAUGCAAAUUAUAACUUCCUCCGGUUUAAGUCAAUCACACAUAGUAACGGUUUUGGGGAGGAUUUUGAGACGUAUACUUUCUUUGAUUGUUUUCAGUCAUUUACAGAAUGUAUGUGUUGGUGUGUCAAAAAUGAUGGAGGUAUGAUUUUGGCAAAGGAGUUUCAAUGGGAAAAAAACUUAGUUGAUUGCUAGGUUUGUUUGAUUUUCAAUUCUCGAAACAUUGCCAACAACAAGCAUUUUACCUGUCUGUUAUUUUUUGACGUUCCGUAUGGUAUUUAUCAAUUUGUUGGCAACAUAAAUUCGAAAUGUUUUGAUACAUUUCGAAUUUGUGGCUUAUAACGAGUCGAAUCAAACUGACAGAGCGAAAAGGUUUUGUGCAAUUUGAUAGAUGCGUUAACUUCAUAUGACAGUAGAGUUAUAGUAUUGACUUUAGGCGAUAUUUUGACAACUAGGUAGAGUUUGCAAAUUACUUUGUGAAAAGAGAACAGAAGAUAAGAAAGCUUUCCUAAGGAAGGAACUGUGUAGUGAGUAAUAACUGACGAUUUUUUGACAGUUUAUUAUAAAAUUGCCACUUUGACAGGUCAAGAAAAUUUCUGUAUAUUCAAAGUCAUUAGUUUUGUAGGAAUUUUUCUAUUUUAAUUUGAAAAUAUAUGACAUUUUGAUCUACAAAAUUGUAAUGAUCAUUCCACGAAUUUCUAUGAAAAUCAGACAAUAUUUAUAGUUUUGAAACAAAACCAAAAAUUACAAAUCAUACUCUCUCAAUACAUUCCAUGACACAUUCAACAUUUUUUUUUUUAAAUCUACUUACCCAUGACUCAAAGAUGCUUUAAAACAAAAAAAAAAAACUAAAUAUUGUAUAAAACUAAUUUAAAAAAAAGUUUGUAUUUUGUCUAUUCUAGUCAUUUAAAAAAGAAAAGAUAAAAAGAACAUUAAUACUCAGCAUGGACAAUAGCCAAAGCAUCAAUAUUGGAUUAAUUUUUUGUUUCACCAUUUAAAAAAAAAAACCUAAAACACUCAUUAAAACUUAAAAACAAAUAAUAAAUAAUAAAAAUUAAAUUAUCUAAUUUAAAUAAAAACAAAGUAUUUAUUAACAAUUCGAAUUAAGCAACGGAUCAAAAGUCCCCAAACCCCACACUUAUCUGUGAUUGAUGAAUUUAUAUCUAUUUUAGACGUAAGGACAAGUAACUUUAGAAAAAACAAACAAACAAACAACUUCCUUACGCUACUAGCGCCCUUGUAGUUUGUAACGUUUAAGAGUAGACUUCGAUUGCCUUUAACUUGCCCACCGAUCGUAUGGAUUAUUGUUUAAUAACAUUUUUAUUUAGAGUAAAAUAUUAGGAAUUUAAUUGACUAAAAUUUAAAAUAUAUCUACUAAAUUUUUAUCAAGUAAAACUGCGUUUAGAAAACAACAUAAGAAAAAAUUAAAAAAACAAAAACUAUAUUCAUAUAUUUUUCGUCAAUUUUCAAAAUUGAAGAAAAUAAUAUGCAAUAAAAAUUAAACAAAAUAAAAAGUGACCAACUUCAAUGACAAUUAUGAAUAUACAACCAAACAUCUGAUCAGCUGUCAAAAAGAAAACGACAGUUAUCAGAAGUUCUGAAAUUUCAAGUUGACCUAAUUUGCAUUGAACUUGGCCAUUUAAUGACAGCAAAAAUAAUAGGGUACGUGUUCAUUAUUUUCAAAAAAAAAGAUAAUCUAUAGAUAUUCUUAUGAAAAAUCUGUUUUUGACAGUUUUUCAUAUUCAAUAUGUUUUUAUGUAUGACAGUUUUGGAAAAAAAAAAAAAAACUUAACGAAACUUGAAUGAUUUUUGUUUCAUUCUUGACGUAUUCUAGGUGACAUAAAAUGAAUUUUAUGUCAAUACUAAGAUGCAAAACUACGUCAAAAGUUUGAUAUCAAAUUUUUCAUUCUGCAAUAUACCACAUUAGCUUUAUCGUUUUUGACGAUUUUAUUUAUAAAUGAGGUACAGAAAUUAUUUUAAAAAAAAUACAAAAUCAAUUUUUUUUUCGAUCAAAAUACAAAAAGAAAAUUAACUCAAAUGUCACAAAUUAUUAUCUUAUAUUAAAUGUGAAAACAUAAAGCCUGCUUAUUCAACAGACAUUCCAUAAUCAAAAAAUAAAACUGUAUAAAGUUAAGAUAUUGUAAAAUAAAAAUAACUAUAUUUUAAACAGAAUUUUUAAAAAUGAACUACCUUAAAAUAUACAAUAUAUUAUACUUAAAAUAUUUUUAGAUAGUUUUAUUUCAUUUUAAAAAAAGCACAUAAAGAACUAUAAAACAAAAGUAUAAAUAUUUAAUUUAAAACAAAAAUUAAAAAUACAAAACAAUGACCUUAACUUGAUGAUCCUUUUGACACAAAUACGCAUAUUGUAUUUUAUUUUGUUUUUAUAAUUUAAUUGUUUAGGGUUUUUGAUUUUCAAACAUAUUUUUCAUUUUUCAAAUUUAUUUCAAGAAUAUUAGAUCUUUUUUAAAAAAUAAUUUCACUAUGGUGUUAUUGGUUUAUUUUGUGUAUUAUCCUUUUUUAUGUAUAUUUUAUUUUUGAAAGGAUUGUCAAGUAGAAAGUCAUGGGAAUUUUUACUUUUCUUUUUUGUUCUUGGAAAGGGUCAUUUAAUAAAUGUGCUUUUAUUUUAGGUUAGUGAUUGAUAAGAAGAAAAUAUUAUGAAAUUGUUUAAAAUUAAAACAAAAAAUCUUAUAAAUACAAAACAAAUUUAUAUCAUUUUAUAUAAAUAUAUGGAAGUUUUAUUUUUAAUUUUUACAUAAAUGUGUAUAUGAAAUAAAUGAAGACAUACAAAAAAAAU